CACCACCAACGCCUCUUCCUUGGAGAAAACCGGUAAGAAGCUUGGUUUUUUCCGUCCUUUUCUUGUUCAAGAACAAGAUUUAAGCUUGGAAACCUUUCCCCCCCUCUGCAGAAUUUCGGAUCUGCUCUGCUCUGUCUCUCCCGUCCAUCUGCUGCUCCUGCUUUGUGGGGGCAAAUUGCUCUGGUUUCUGGUGCUGUUAUGGUUUAGAGCACUUGGAUUGAGUCUUCGGUUUUAUGCGACUGAGGUAAGUAAAUUAUGGUAACGCCCUCCGAUUUUAAAGCACAUUUUAGCUUGUUUUUGAAGUGGUGGCGGGACUAAACUCAUUUUAUACAAGUAUUAUCGAUUUGAAAUGAAAUUAUUAUUUUUUAUUGAUUUGAGCAUGCCUUCUUGAAGUUUACUUAACUGCCCUGAUAAUUUGAAAAUUAUUUGUGAAUUAUGAUUUUCUUGUUAACUUCUGCCUGUUUUGUCUCCGAUAUGGUCACGUUAUUUGUGUGCCCGCUAGUGAGAGGUUUAUAAACGCUAGCACAUGUCGACAUGUUGCUGAGAGAACCAAUUCGUUUUUGUUAUCCUGCUAGUGGGAUUAUACACUAGUAAAUCGUGUGCUUGUUAGUGGAAGAUUUAUAACACUAGCCAUGACCUAUAAAGGAGACGUCUAUUUCGUUUCCGUACUCGUACCUGUGUUUCGUGAUUAUACUGGUUGGCAUGCUAUAAGUUUAAUUAAGGGCUAUCCAUAUUUACUUACUGAGUUAUCUCAUAGUUUUUCCUUGUCCACCAUUUCAGGAAGCGAAGUCAAGGACGGGGAAAAACGAGGGGAGUGACGAGUUAGAAGGCUAGCCAUCUUGCAAAUUGAACAUAGAUUUUAAAUAUAGAUUAUGAUCUUGUAAGCUAGAUUUUAAUUAGAGACUUUAUAAAUUCAUUUAAUGAAUUGUUAGUUUACAAGAGAUUUGACCUUGAGAUUUUGAGCCUAAGUCAUGUUGGACAUAGAAUUAUUUUGAAAUUUCUUAUUUAAGUUAUUGGAUUGUCAGAUGUGAAUUGGAUAAGUCCUGAGCCUUGUGCAUUU